ACGUCAAAUUUGACACGAAGCGUUUGUGUAUAUUUUAUGGUUUUAUUUACGAUAAAUUGGUUAAUAAUCCGCUGGUAAAUUCGUAAAUAAUUGGAAUAAUUUGUUGGCAAUUAGUUUCUGUAGCGUUCGAUUGUAGAAAAUGGGUUUUUGCAAUGCCCUUGUCAAAUGCUUAUUGAUAGUUUUCAAUAUUUUAUUUGGAGUUUGGGGAUUGCUUGGAUGUGCAUUUUCAGUAUUCUGCUUUUGGCUCCUUGCUAAUUCCGAGUUUUUCCUACCACAAGAUAGAACAAAUUUCAUUGUUUCUGUAGCAAUAAUUCUGAUCGCAUCAAUUGUAUUGGUUCUAGUAGCUUUCAUUGGAAUAUAUGGAACGAUAAACAAUAGCCAGUGCCUGCUACUCACUUUCUUCUCUCUUUUACUGAUGGUUUGUGUUGUUGAAUGGGCUGCAGCAAUGUGGGCUUCUGCAAAUGCUCAGUCCCUUGAAACUCAAAUUCAUACAUCAAUUAAGAUGACUGUUGAGCAAGAAUAUGGAGAUAAUUCAAAUAGAACUUUGAUUUUUGAUACCAUUCAAAAAAAGUUGGAGUGCUGUGGUGCUGACAAACCUACUGACUGGGCUGGAAAUGGGCAGCUCAGUUAUACUAUAACAUCGCAUACUGAUUAUUAUAAAAUUCCCGAAAGUUGUUGCCGUCCUGAGGCCACUUUUUCAGAUUGCCAAACAGCUAUAGUUGUUCCAAGAAUAAGAGGGGGGGUUGAUUAUAAUGUUAUUUAUGAUCGCGGUUGUUAUGAUCGUGUUAUUUCAAUAAUAAACGAAAAUGCUUAUGUUAUCCUAAGUGUACUGGCAAGUAUUUUAUUCAUUCAGUUGGUAGCAUUGGUCUUCUCUCUAGUUCUGGCAUACAUGGCCAGUAAAGCAAACAGAUUCAAGGCUUAAAAAACAAUUUUUUGCCAUGAAUGAUUGUUUUCUUGCAAUAUUCAAAACAUUUCAUUACAAAUUGACCUACAAAAUAAUGACGUUUUUCAUAAGUGUAGAUUUGGAAAGAAUGUGAUAAACUAGUAUGUAAUUUUAACAGUUCUACAAGAGAAGUGUUAAAAUACUUAGGCAUACCUAAUUUUCAUUCUAGCUCAAAUAUUCAACUUGUGAAAAACAAUAAUUCAUAAUCAAAUUCCUGAAACUAAAAUUUUGAUUUUGAUAAACUUAUUUAAAUUAUAAGAAAUAUAUUCAAUGUAUACAGGUAUGAAUCUUUGUUGAAUAAGGUUCACAAUCUUCUAUACUUCAGUUUUGAAUUUGGUUUUGAUCAAUAAUUAAGGUUACUUUGGAUUUGGAUGAUGAAACAAAAGGGGUUAGUAUGCAAUUUUGAUUAUUCUUCGAAAGAUAAUGUUAAAAUUAUGGAAGCAUACUCAAUUUUCUUCUGUUGUUGUUGAUCUGUCACUUUCCAUGAAUUGCAUUUUGAUGUCUGAGAUGAAUUCUUGAUUUGAUCUGGUAUUGAAUUGAACCUAUAUUUACAAAAAUUUUGAUAUCUAUCAGUGUGCUAGAGUCCCAGUGUAUACCUAUUUAUACUGAAAAAUUUGAUCUUGUAGAAAUUUAUUUUCUGAACCUGUACCAAAUAGAAAACUAUGUAUAAGUUUAUACAGAAAUUUAUCACUUUAUAGAUCUAUUUAUAAACCAUACUAUAUGUAUUAUAUUGGUGUGCCAUAUUUACCAAGAUUUCAGAAGGAAUUUUGCCAUACUGUAGUAUAUGUAGUGUAUUAACAGCCAUAUUCUUGAAUGCUCUCUAUUUUCAUUCUAAAUAUUUUUUCCAAGUGCCAAAAUUCCUUUUUAUAUUCGAAUGUUGAAGCUUUACUGUAGAUAUUGCUGAUUGAUUAUGAUUUUUUUCCUUAUUCAUAUCUUAAUUCUUAUUUAUGUGGAAACAAGUUGAGUUGAACUCGUUUUUUUUUAAGAAAAUUCUAUUUUUGUACUUAAUAUUUCUGAAAUUUAACUUACUACAAUUGCUUGAUUUAUAAGAUGUGCAAUGAAGAACCUGUGUAUAAAAAUUGACAAAUAUUCACUUUCCAAGUUGAAAAUUCAUGGAUUUUUCAACUGUACAAUUUUUUUUCCUGAAUAAGAAAUAUGUUUAAGAUUGCAGUUGGUGUCUACUAUCAUCAACAAUUAUACUUAUUUUUGCUAUCGAUGAUUAAUUGCAGACAAUUAGUUAUUAAUCUAACUUCUAACUUAUCCGAAUUUACCAUUCGCUAGUCACACUUUAUUACAAUAUAUUUUGUUAAUGCAGUUAUGUGUAAUACUUCCCGUACAAAUUCAGAAACGCAACAAGACUGAGUCAAAAUUUAAUGGUUAUUGUGGAAGAAUCUUUUUGAAGAUUUUUUUAUAAGGAAAGGUUUCUGCAGUUUUUCUUUUAGUGAAAUUUAUACUUUUAUUCAUGUUUAUUCUUUUAAUGCUUUAUUUUCCUUAAAAAAUGUCUUGAUAUUCUACCUAAGACUCAUUAAUGAACUCAAUAAAUUAUUUUUUGAGUUGACUUCUUCCAGAUUAAAAUGUUGGGUUCUGACUAAUUCCAAUACCAUGUUCAUAUAAAAAUAUAUUAAAAAUAAAUUACUAAAUAUAAUAAAUGUUUAUAUUUCAAUUGUAUCAUAGAGUAAGUUAUAUUAUUUUUUUCAUUAAAUAAGACCUGCAUGCACAGUGUUCAUAUCUUGCAAAGUACAAAUUAUGUGGUACGUAAUUAGGUUAUUAACCAUUUAGUUUAAUAAGUUCACAACCUCUGUUGUAACCCAAGUAUAUCUAACAUUUUGUUUCUAUAGAUUGCAUAAAUACUAUUUCUAUUAGUGUUUAAUGAAUAAAGAGAAUCUCUAUUGUAUUUAUGUUGUGCACAAUAAAAAUGGAUGCAGAUA